ACUCGACGCACCAUCUCACGCUCCGGGAAUGGGAUCUCUACCGAGUUCAAAGAAAAAUUACCAAUUCUUUCGAGUUUACGCUCUGCAGAGGCUACUUUUCAAGCUGCGGGGAUAGUUGUUCCUGCAGGUGAAGAGUGAAACAACCAAGUGCCACUGGCCAAUGACCUCCAAGACGCACCAGAAGUUGACUCAUCGUCAGAAGUUUCAGGCGCUAGAAAUCUGUUUCACCUCACAAAGCAGGGUGCUAAAUAUAUUGAUUAGCCUAACGUAUUUUUGCAGUUUAAUGAAAGCUGUUGGUGAAUAGCGUCAAGCCAGGCGUGCGUAAAAACGCCGUGCGUAAAGUUGGUUUUGCGCACGACUUAUAAGAAAAUUAAAAAGUUCUUGGAGAGCAGCUCAUGCAAGAACUUAAAAAUACCAUUAUUUGGAAAACAUUUGAAUCUUUGGAAAGUAAAUUUACAUAGACAGCCAUGGCUAAAUGGUUCAGAGAUUUCCCCAUCAACCUGAAGAACGGAACCGAACGCGUCCGCUCGGCCUCCGAAUCUGGCCCACAAACCCGACCCAAACCGACGUUUUCCCGUGACAGUCUGAAGGGAAACCAGCGUAAGGACGGGGGAGUGGGUGGCUUACUGGCAGGGAGGAAUAGAAAAAAUUCGGCUAUUGAAUUGGGUCGUAAUAACGCAGGUAACUGUGGGACAAUCUGGGAUAGUCUCACACCUGGGAAAGGUCGCAAGAACUCCAAGGUCGACAACGGGACACCAGAUGAGAACCGUCAGAUCAGGACCUCUAGUUUGGCGCAGGCAUACAUCAGCAGGAUGAUCAAAGUGGACAAACAAGAUAAGACGCCCAAACUUAACGGGACAACUGAGCAAAAAGUCUCCGAGAACGAGAGAGGGAAGCCCGACAUCAAAACGGCCACGCUGAUUAUCCUGGAGGACUAUGCUGAUCCUUUUGAUGCAGAGAAAACCAAAGAACAGAGAGAGGCCGAGAGGGCAGGCGUGAAUGACGGGUACAUGGAGCCCUAUGAUGCCCAGGUCAUAAUCACAGAGGUUCGUCGACGGGGCUCCAAGGACCUCCUGAAGGUGUGUGUUCUGCUGGACCGAGGCCAGGGAGAGGGAAAGGGAGAGGAGGGCAAGCCCACACCCCCAAAUAUCUAUGACAUACCCUACGAGGGUGGACUGGAAGGCGACAGCGAGGGCGUGUGGAUCCCUGUCACCCGGCCAGAGUCUGACGUCCGUCCCCCUGGAGAGUAUGAACUGCCCUGGGAGUGGAGGAAGGAGGACAUUGUCAGAGCCCUGUCAGCUCAGUUUGAGGCAGUGGACUGUUCUUCCAGUAAAGAGAACAGCUCAUCCGCCAGUCGCCAGCAGCAGCAGCCACAACAACAACAGCAGCAGCAGCAGCAGCAGCAGCAGCUCACCCUGAGACAGAAGAACUGGAACCACAAAACACUUGUCUCCUCCACUUCUUCAUCCUCCUCUUCUCCCUCCUUUCCCUCUUCUCCAAUUCUGAAACUCUCCCCUCUCUCACCCCCAUCUCCCUCCUUCCCUACCCUCAAACUCUCACCCCUCUCAUCCUCUUCUACAUCCACCAAACUUUCCCCUCCUUCUCCUACCUCCCCCACUGCCCCGCUGGAUGGGGAGGCAGCCAAAGUGGACCCAUCCCUGCCCCUGGAGAAGCAGAGCUGGUACCAUGGCAGUGUGAGCCGCCAGCAGGCUGAGGCUCAGCUGCAGCGCUGCAGGGAAGCCAGCUUCCUGGUGAGAGACAGCGAAUCAGGGACCAGCAAAUACUCCAUCGCUCUAAAGACCAGUCAGAGUUGUGUGCACAUCAUUGUGGCUCAGACUAAGAGCAGUAAGGGGUUGGGGUAUACGUUGGACCAGAGUAGCUGUGUCUUCUCCAGCAUCCCUGAGGUGGUCCACCACUACUGCACACACAGACUGCCUUUCACUGGAGCAGAGCAUAUGACCCUGCAGCAUCCUGUACCCAGGCCGCACUGAACAUGCCACACGCCAAAGGACAAAACACACACACUGACACAUGGGCACAUUGGGGGGAAAAAAAAUAGAGACAGAGACACCCACAUGCCCAUAUAACACAUAUAUGCACAAACUCGAGAUUAUCUCCUCCAUGCACAGCCUUGUGGUCAAAACCUCACAUUACAAUAACCAGGAAUUCACAUUCUUACAGUGCUGCUUGUUUUCUUAUCAGCAACAAUACACACACAAGCACGCACAGAAACCGCGCUGAAUGUAUUUAUAGUUCAGAGGAAAACAAUCCCUCAUUUCACAGCCUAGUGUAUUUGUCUCAUUGUUUUACUCUCAGCCACUCCCAUGAAGCUAGCAAAACACACUCUGAACAUACUGUACAAACUGAGCUGAUUUAGUACACUGUAAAACCUGAAACAAUGCACAAGAACCACUGUACUUGCUUCGACCAAUUUAGAUGUACCAGAGCUGUUGAUAUUCAAAGUAGGUAGAGAAGCCUUAAAUCUCCCAGUGAGCUGCCUUACAUAAGGGGUGUUGACCUCAUCAAUUAACGCCAUGCCUGCUAGUUAGACGUGAUCUAUAUGUUCAAUACACCUGAUUGGGGUUCAUUCAUUCAUCAGACACGUCAAUCAAUUUAUUGAUGUAUCCUGAAAAUCAGGCUCAUUUGCCAACCUCUCGUCUGUCAACAGAAAUACGUUUAUCGAUGAGUUGAUUAGAAUUAGUGUAGAGGGAGGGGUCUUUUAACAUUAGAAUAUGCAGCUAGCAAACCAAAUUGUGUGUGUAUGUGUGUGUGUGAAUGGUGAGUGGCAUGCCCAUUCACAUGCCAUUUCACUGAAUAAUCUAAAUAAGAGGCCGCUCUGAAUAAAAAUCUAUCUUACUUAUUGUGAAUGACUGACCUGCUGUUCCCUAAUAAGAACGUUGAUACACAUGUAUAAUGUAUGUAUGGACUGAGUGCUGGAUAUUGUCUGAUGUUUUUGCAACAACAAAACAA